UCCUGCUUCCGCCAUCUUGUUUCCCCCUGUGUCCCAGAGGCCUUCUGCUAUAACGUUCCUUUCCUCAUAGUUCCCCCCACCCCAGAAUGACCUUGCCCCCACCAAGCGUGUCCCUCUUUUCCCCAAGCCAAGUGGCCCGCGUUUGCGAAGCGUUGCAGGAGAGCGGCGAGUUCGAACGCCUGGCCCGCUUCUUGUGGUCCCUCCCUCCAUCGCUCGCCCUCCGGCACCACGAAGGCCUCACCUGUGCCUACUCGGCCUGCCAGGACUUGGAGUUGCUAGGCAACCCGUUGCCGUCAGCCACAUGGCUAGCCCCCUACUGCAGCCAGGCCCCUGCCUUCCACUUGGAACCAUUCAGGACCCUCAGGCCCGGAGACAGAUUUUUGGGGCCCCUGGUGGAUCAGGCUCCAGCCCGCAAGAAAUUGUCAAGGGAUCCUGUCCAAGAUGGGGAGCAGAAAGUGAACGGCUUCAAGGAACGGACGCGGAAUCUACUGCGGGAAUGGUAUCUCCAGGAUCCGUACCCCAACCCCUCCCGCAAGAGGCAUCUGGCCCAGGCUACAGGGCUCACUCCAACACAAGUGGGAAACUGGUUUAAAAAUCGACGGCAAAGGGAUCGCGCCGCAUCGGCCAAGAACAGGCUUCAAAAAGAGCCGCCCAGCCAGCCGAGUGACUCUUCGCAACCUCCCCGAAAUGAGAGCCCACCGGACGCCCCCUGCCAGACAAAGGACACCAGUACGCCCACAGAGCAGGGGGAUCCCACCGCACCCACCAGCGAGGACAAGAAUGGCCAGGAAGCACAAAAGAGCUGGGAAGACCAACCCAUUUGAGGGGGUUCUGGAAUCUGCGAAAUGACUGGAGGAGGGUGGGAAGUGGGCAACGGCUGCGGCUGACCAGGCUGCACAAAUGAUACUGCCCUAAAGGUUUUAAGGAUGCUGAUGGGUUGCAUUAAGAGAUGUGUUCUUUCUUGGCUUCUGGAAUUUCUUGAAGCAGCAGAG